GAUAGGAUUGGGAUUUAGGAUACAAAACACAUUCUAAUUUACAUAUGAACAAGCUCUAGCAUUACAUUUUACAUAAUAAGAUAAGAAUGUGGUUCUUCAGAAGAAACGGCCCAUCUGGAUUCUCCUACGCUUCCACUGCUGAGGAGGUCACCGCAGGGAUCGACGCCUCUGCUCUCACUGCUAUUGUUACUGGAGCAUCAAGUGGGAUUGGAUAUGAAACCGCCCGUGUUCUUGCACUGCGUGGGGUGCACGUUGUGAUGGCUGUUAGGAAUAUGGGUGCUGGGAAAGAUGCGAAAGAGGCUAUUGUUAAGGAAGUCCCUCCAGCCAAAAUCGAUACUCUGGAGUUAGAUCUCAGCUCACUUGCAUCCGUCAAGAAAUUUGCGUCCGAAUUUAAAUCAUCGGGUCGUUCAUUGAACCUUUUAAUAAAUAAUGCAGGAGUGAUGGCUACUCCAUACAUGCUCACUAAAGACAAGAUAGAACUGCAGUUUGCCACAAAUCAUUUAGGUCAUUUUCUUUUGACAAAUCUCUUGUUAGACACUAUGAAAGAAACAGCCCGUAAAUCGAAAAAAGAGGGAAGGAUUGUGAAUGUAUCAUCAGAAGCUCAUCGAUUUGCUUAUAAAGAGGGAAUUCGCUUUGAUAAGAUUAAUGAUAGUGAAAGUUACAGCAGCUUAGGGGCUUAUGGUCAAUCAAAGCUUGCUAACAUACUGCAUGCAAAGGAGCUAACAAAACGCUUAAAGCAAGAUGGGGCAAACAUAACUGUAAAUGCACUUCAUCCUGGUACAAUCACAACCAAUCUUUUCCGUCAUAUGGGCAUUGUUGAAGGUUUUGUUAGUACGGUAGGCAAAUUUGUGCUAAAGAAUGUUCAACAGGGAGCAUCUACAACCUGCUAUGUAGCAUUGCACCCACAAGUCAAAGGGGUAAGUGGGGAAUAUUUCAGUGACAAUAAUAUUGCCACGCCGACCCCCCAGGCUAUGGAUAAAGAUUUGGCCAAGAGACUCUGGGAUUUCAGCAUGGAUUUGGUGAAGUGAAAUUUUAUUUUAUUGUUCUGCAUGGAUGGGCAUGUGUUAUUAUUUAGUUUGUGACAAAUGCCAAAUAGCAUUAAACAUGUUUUGUAACCUUUCAAGUUCUUAGCUAAUGGCGAUUUGAUUAGUGGUCAAGGAGGGGGGAUUGCCACCUACACCCCCCUACGCUACUGUUGAGCGGAGCCCUUUGAAGGGCGGUCAAGUCUAGCAUGUGUCUGUUGAAUUGUGGUUACAUAAAAAAAUAAAGUUGUGCAUUUGUUACUAACUAUAAUUUUUGGUAUAGUGAUAAACGUUUGAUCCUAA